UUCGAAGUCGGCAUUCCGCAUAUUGCGUAUGCCUGUCUCGGCGGGUUUGUUGUAUUCUUUGGCAUGUUCUCCCUAUUCAUCCGAGAGAAGCUGUAUAUCGGUGAAGCCUGCUGGGCGUUUUUGUUCGGGGUCAUCAUCGGACCGUACGGCGCGAACAUUUUCAAUCCUCGCAGAUGGGGGAACGGAAACGAUGAUGUAGUGAACACUAUCACUCUCGAAUUUACUCGAGUCGUUCUCGCUAUCGGUGUCUUCGCCAUUGGCGUUGAGCUACCUAAGGCUUACAUGCAGAAGCACUGGAAGAGCCUGAUGUACCUGCUUGUGCCUGUUAUGACAUGGGGAUGGUUCGUUUCGGCCGGAUUGAUUUUCGCUCUGAUACCAGGGCUAUCCUUCCUUUCUUCCCUUGUCGUCGCUGCAUGCCUCACACCUACCGAUCCUAUCCUUGCCGCUGCGGUCGUGGGUGGUAAAUAUGCUGAUAAGCACGUACCCGCCCAUCUACGCCACCUUCUCGCCGCCGAGAGUGGUUGCAAUGAUGGCGCCGCGUUCCCCUUCUUGUUUAUCGGACUGUACCUGGUCUUGGACAACACUACUGGCGAGGCGAUUAAGGAUUGGUUCCUGCAACUCUGGCUCUAUCAGAUCAUCCUUGGCGUCGUAUUCGGUGCUCUGGUUGGUCUUGGCUUCAGGUACCUCAUGAAGUUCUGUGAGCGCAAGGACCUCAUCGACAGGCAAUCCUACGUCGCGCAAUACGUGUCCCUCGCGCUUCUGACCAUCGGCACCACCACCAUGCUUGGCUCUGACGACCUUCUUGCAGCAUUUUCGUGCGGCACAGCGUUCGCAUGGGAUGGCUUCUUCAACCGUCAAACGGAAGAGUCGGUGUUCUCCAGCGUGAUCGAUCUGCUCUUCAAUGUCGCCGCAUUCGUUUACGUAGGCGCAUGGAUGCCGUUCGGCGACUUUUCAGACGCGACCCUGACAUUGAGCGUGUGGAGGCUCAUCGUCAUCGCCAUCUUGGUCCUGCUGCUACGUCGGUUGCCGGUCAUGAUAGCUCUCUACAAGUGGAUCCCGGACGUGAAGACAUUCCGGGAGGCCGUUUUCAGCGGUCACUUCGGUCCUAUGGGUAUCGGUGCCAUCUUCAUAUCGACCCUUGCAGUGGAACAACUUGAAACUCCCCAAGAUCCGCCCGCAAAUCAGCAGCAAAUCCUUGCAGCGUCUAUUCAACCCAUCGUCGCGUUCAUGGUUCUCUGCUCUAUCGCUGUACACGGACUCUCCAUUCCGUUCUUCUCCUUGGGUCGCCGGGUACACUCCCUACGGACGUGGUCGCGCCAUCCUACCCACGAAACCACUCCGGAGUGGGCGAACCAGACGCGUCAUAUAAGACCCGGAGAAAACAUCGUCAUUAACAGGGAUGACGCUAUUGAGCGCGGAGAGUACACGCCAGAACACGACGAGAAGCGCAGUGCGAGCACUACUCUCAAUCAAAACCACGCGCCAAAGGAGAAGGACAUGGCCGAAUCCUCCGCUGAUUCCGAGAAUCGCUCAUCGGAGGCCAGGUCUACGGGCGAAAACCGAACCGGUGACCAGGAACCGCCGGACGGGGAUGAGACCUUACAGGAGUGGAAGGAAGGACCUCAUAAGGUUAUUGAACGGCGCGCAGGGCCUGGCGAGGAGGUCAGUAAUAAAAGCCGAUUCAUCGUCAUGAUCAGUUAA